UAUACCCGGCAGCUUUAAUUAUCACGGAGAUUAGAAUUCGAACAGUAUUCAGUGAUUAUCAAUUUUUAUUUUUAAAAUUAUUCUUUUUCUUAAUAAAAUAAAAAAUACGAAAACUCGAUGUUUCACGAUCUAAUAAUUAUGUGGAUCAGAAAAAUUAUUUUUUUAUUAUUUAUUUUCAAUACGUGUGGUGGUAAUCUGUUGUCGCAGAGCAUAUUCUCUCAACAUCGAACUUCUGUCGUUCAGAUUCAAGUGGUGGAACUGAUGAAAUUAUGUUUUUCUGAGAAAUUGAAUCCAGUAAUUGUAACUCAAAAUUUGAAUGAUAUAAUUAAUCAGAAAUCAUGGGAUCCUCUGAGUUCCAACACUAUAAUAAUUAAUGACGAUUUUAAUCCAAAAAUAAUUCAGGCAUUUUAUCCUGCUUACCCCACAUACGUCUUAUCAACUGAAUCACCAGAAAAACUUCGGAAAAUUUUGAACAAAUUGAAGGAUUUACCUGUCUGGAAUGUAAUUUCUUCUUUUUUUAUUAUUGAAUCAGAUGCUGCAGAAAACAAUUGCAAAGAUUCAUCUAAAAUGCUUCAAGUACUUUGGGAAGAUGAUUUGAUUAACUCAUACUAUGUGUGCCAGAAUAAUAGCAAAGUAUUUUUGUACACUUACAAUCCUUACACCAACCGAGCACCUGAGCCCUGGAGAAGAGUCAGAAAUGCCGAUAAUCCUGACAAAUACUGGACACUGUUUAGACAGUCGCUAUCUAUUGAUGAAGGAAUAUGUAGCAGUCUUCAAUUUGAUAAGACGAAAUCCCUCGAUGGAUAUCCAGUCAAAGCAGUGGCCUAUCCUAAUCGCAACCAAUCUAUGAGCCAGCAGAAAAAUAAGACACAACCAUUGAAAAGCAUAAAAGAUAAUGUAUCAAAUAUAAGUUAUUUAUUUUUUGAUAGUUUAUUCGGAGCGAUAAAUGCCACACCGAUAAUCAAUUUUGACGAGGUCGGUGAUUUAGUUAAUAAUACAGCUGUAGGAUGUUUGCAAGCAUUGAUUAACGGUACACACGAUAUCGCGUUAAAUUUACGUAAAAUAGAUGAAGAUUCUUACGAGAAUAUUGACACUAUUAGAUUAUAUUAUCAACAAGGUUUUAUCUUAUCUACGAGAAAUUAUCCAAUGCGUUUAACUAAGGCUUCAUUAGGUGAUUUGAUAUACAUAAGUAAUGAAGUUAUUGUUGCUUUAGUACUAGUACUCUCAGCUACAUUUAUCAUUACGGUGUUUAGUAUAGAUAGUGUCGGUUAUCGAAACUAUGUACGAGGUUUUCGGGAUAUUUUAAAAUUGAUAUUGGGUUUCGGAAUUGAGGCACCAUUAGAGAGGGCAUCAGCGCGUUUGAUAUUCUUAAUUGUUACUUUAGCCAUGUAUUCGAUAAUUCCAGAAUUACAGAGCCAAAUAUCCGCUAUUUUGUGUUAUUCGGUCGGAAAGUCUUAUAUAGAAAAUUUCAACGAUACCCGUCAAGUACAAAAUGCAUAUAAAGUCAUUUAUUAUCCUAAAGUUUUAUCAAAAGAUAUGGAAAAUUAUAUAUUAUCGCUAAAUAAAAGUAAAAAAUACAAUGAAUAUUGGUUUCAUGAAAUGACAGACAGUAACAAAUAUUGCAAUUAUUAUCUUGAAAAUGAUAGUCGUCAUGUUUGCGUUGAUACUGUUGAGAAUCAAUUGGAAGCUUUAAAUAGAGGAUAUGAAAAUAUGCGUGUUGUCCAAAAAACUGUUUAUGAUAAGUAUUAUUCGUACUGGACGCGACGGAAUUGGGCGCUUAAAAAUAGAAUCGAUGCCGUCGCUCUAAGAUUGCGGGAAUCUGGUAUCAUAAACUAUUGGGAUAAACGGGUAUUGUAUGACAAACUCAACAAACACAAAACAAUCAUAAAACCUUGGAGACUAGAGUAUAAUCAAUUGAAUUCUAAAUCCUUCUUUUUACUUUAUUGGUUGGUUUAUUACCUCUUGAUGGCUUCUCUGAUUGUUUUUAUUUUGGAAAUAAUAGUUUACAAGUGUCAACACGAAUAUCGAAGAAUGUUGAGACGGUGGGAAAGUACUCAACUCAUUAGGAAGCCUCCUGAAGUCGAUAUAGAAAUUCAAGAAAUUGAAUAAUAAUUUAUUACUUGUAUCGUUAUUAUCAAUUUUUUGCGUGGAUUUCAAAAGUUACCAAUUAAACAGAUUAAUCAAAGUUUUUGAAAUGGAACCGAUGUUAAAAAAUUUUAAAUACCUCUAUUUUGACACCGUCCUUGCUACAUCGUUAAUUAAAAAAACAAUAAUAAAAAAUUAUAUUAAUUAGAAUUGAAUUCUUGUCACCACAUGAAUAAAUUAAUUGCACCCACUAAUUAUUUGACUCAACACUCCAAAGUAAAAUCACCGCAGACAACAAUCUUUUCAC